AUGGCCUGCUGCCAGACCAGCUUCUGUGGAUUUCCUAGCUGCUCCACCGGUGGGACCUGUGGUUCCAGCUGCUGCCAGCCAAGCUGCUGUGAGACCAGCUGCUGUGGAACUGGCUGUGGCAUUGGCGGUGGCAUCGGCUGUGGCCAGGAGGGUGGCUGUGGAGCCCUGAGCUGCCGCACCAGGUGGUGCCGCCCAGACUGCCGUCUGGAGGGCACCUGCCUGCCCCCCUGCUGCGUGGUGAGCUGCACACCCCCCACCUGCUGCCAACUGCACCAUGCCCAGGCCUCCUGCUGCCGCCCUUCCUACUGUGGACAGUCCUGCUGCCGCCCAGCCUGCUGCUGCUACUGCUGCGAGCCCACCUGCUGUGAGCCCACCUGCUGCGAGCCUACCUGUUAA